AUGUCGUUCAAUCAACCCGUGUGCAAUUUCAGCCAAAACACAGUCAAGGUGUCUAAGAUCAAAUGGACACAACAAGAAGAUGAAUUAUUAACAUCAGUUGUUAGCAAAUUCGGUGCCUCUCGUUGGGACUUUAUCGCUACACACAUACCAGGAAGAAACGGACGUCAAUGCAGAGAGAGAUAUAUCUCUGUCCUCACACCAAGCGUGUGCAAAGACGCAUGGACAGCUGCAGAAGAUGAAACUCUUCUUCGUCUCCAGAAACAAAUCGGCAACCAUUGGUCCCUCAUCUCAAAGAGUCUUCCAGGACGUACAGCCAUCAUGGCAAAGAACAGAUUCAAACUUCUUUGCCGCCAUGAAUUGGCCCAAUCUUAUGCCGCCAAAUCUCGCAACAAUUCCCCUAUUUCAUCUACAAAUGUCGAAUCAUCUUCAAGCGAAUACAGUGAUGCCUCAUCUCCUUCAGUCAUCGAACCAUCCAACUAUAAUUUCUUCAAGCAGGUCUUACCAGUUUUAGAGAAGUCCGAGCAGCUAAUUGAUCAUGAAAACAAGACAUUUGGAUCACAAAUUCUUUCUUCCAACGCUUUCGAUUUCAGCUUUCCAAUCGAAGAAGGAAUUUUUGAUUCUUUUGACAAUGUAGAAUUUGUUUGCUUCUAG